GUGCUCUUGUGCACAGAAUCUCCAUCAAGCUCAUUCAGACAAAGAGCUUCUCCCGUGGGACAGCACAGCAGAGCCAGACGCUACCAUGAAGUCCAUGAAGUCUCAAUCACAAACGGAAUACGGCAGGCCGAUGCUGCAACACUUCCUUUUCGAUGCAUCGUACCGCAAUCUCAAUCAUAGUUCCUUCGGAGCUCAUCCACGAGAGAUCCAGGCCAAGUUACGCAGCUACCAGGAUCAGGUAGAGGCAAUGCCAGAUCCUUUCAUUCGUUACAAGUACUCCCAGCUCGUGGAUGAAUCCAGACAGGCUAUUUCCGAACUACUGCACGCGCCUGUCAACACGGUUGUGUUUGUUCCCAACGCAACCAGCGGCCUCAACAUCGUCCUCCGGAAUAUGCAGUGGAAUAAGGACGGGAUGGACGAAAUUCUCUAUUUCAGCACAAUCUACGGCGCUUGCGGCAAGACUGUGGACUAUAUUGUCGACUCUUCUUAUGGUCUUGUGUCGAGUCGCCCAAUCCAUCUUCCAUAUCCGUGCGAAGACGACGACAUUGUGGCUUGCUUCAAGGACGCCGUCCACACUAGCAAACGCGAUGGGAAGCGACCUACGCUAUGCAUCUACGAUACAGUAUCCUCGCUACCGGGGGUUCGCUUCCCGUUCGAAGCUAUGACUAGGACUUGCAGAGAGCUCGGCGUGAUCUCCGUCAUUGAUGGAGCCCAAGGAGUCGGAAUGAUCGAUAUUAACCUCGCCGAUCUCGACCCUGAUUACUUCUUCAGCAAUUGUCACAAGUGGCUAUACGUUCCACGCGGCUGCGCAGUUUUCUACGUACCGCUUCGCAACCAGCACCUCAUGAUGUCGACGCUCCCAACAUCGCAUGGCUACGUGUCAAAAGCAGCGACCCGGUCUAAUUCUAUGCUGACAGAUGGCAAAAGCACGUUCGUGAGCAACUUUGAGUACACGGGUACCAUUGAUAACUCGCCUUACCUCUGUGUAAAGGACAGCAUCAGGUGGAGGAGGGAGAUCCUCGGAGGCGAGGAGAAAGUCUUUGAAUAUCUGGUCAUGCUGGCGAAAGAGGGCGGGCAAAGAGUUGCCGGCAUUCUGGGAACUGAGGUUCUGGACAAUGCCACGCGGACUGCCACGAACUGUGCCAUGGUGAACGUCAGGCUUCCUCUUGCGAUUCAACACAACGCUAACCAGAGCGAGGAGGGCUCCCACACCGGCCAGGCAGACGGUCCAGCUAAAGGAGUGGUUCAAUCCAAGGACGUCGAGAGAGUCUCGGACUGGAUGAUGAAGACUCUCGUGGACAAGUACAGAACUUUCAUAGUCGUCUACGUUCACGGGCAACAUUUGUGGACGAGGCUCAGCGCGCAAGUAUAUUUGGAUACCAACGACUUUGAGUGGGCCGGGAGAAUAUUGCUUGAGCUUUGCGAGAAGGCGGCGAGGAGGGAAUAUGAGUCCGGGCCUGAGAUAGACAUUGCUAGUUGA